AAGGGAAGCCCGCUCCCUUGUCUCCCAGACUGAUUCCUCCCCCCAAAUCCCCGCCACGCGAGGCUGCGGCGCACGAUUGAAGAAUGUCCCGUGUUCCAUUGGGGAAAGUCCUCCUGAGGAAUGUCAUCCGGCACACAGAUGCUCACAAUAAGAUUCAGGAGGAAUCAGAUAUGUGGAAAAUAAGAGAACUGGAGAAACAGAUGGAAGAUGCUUACCGGGGGACCAAAAGGAAAAUGUUACCCAGUAGUUCAAGCCGGAUGCGUAGUGAUGGUUUUGAUGAAGAAAGUCAAAGAGACUAUUGGAGGCCAAAGAAUGAAAUUUCUGGGGCACUGGAAGAUGAUUUUCUUAAGGCAAAAUCCUGGAAUAAGAAGUUAUAUGAUUAUGAAGCUAAUAUGCCAGACAGAUGGGGUCACAGUGGUUAUAAAGAGUUAUACCCUGAAGAAUUUGAAACAGACAGUAGUGAUCAGCAAGAUAUUACCAAUGGAAAAAAAACAUCUCCCCAAGUAAAAUCAUCUACCCAUGAGUCUCACAAACACAAGAAGUCAAAGAAAUCUCACAAAAAAAAGCAGAAAAAAAAGUCACACAAAAAACAGAAGAAAAGCAAAAAAGAAGCCACGGAUAUAACAGCAGAUUCCUCAAGCGAGUUCUCGGAAGAAACCGGGGCUUCUAGUACCAGGAAAAGGAAACAGUCACAUAAGCGCAAGAAAAAAUCCAGGAAAAAGUCUCUCAAAAAAUCUGCUUUAUUCUUGGAUGCAGAAAGUGACACUUCCCAGUCAGAUGAUUCCGCAUCCAGCAGUUCUGAGGAAGGUGAGGAAAGAGACACUAAGAAAACCAAAAGGAAAAAGACAGAUAAAAAAGUCCAUAUCCCUAUAGUUAACAAUGAAAUACAGGAGAGGACGAACAAACGCACAAAUUGGAAAGUGGCUACAGAUGAAAGGUCUGCAGAGAGUUCAGAGGAUGACUAAAUGAGAUAUUCUCCAUUUCCCAUCUGACUGGUUACUUACAGCUCUUCCACCUUGGGGUUUUGCCAGUGACUCUGUUGCCUGGCACAGGGGCCCUGAGGUCAGAGCUGUCCUGUGCCAUCUAUCUACAUUCUGACAGACUUCUUGUCUUCUGUUUUGGCCUGUUAAACUUGAUCCUCUUAUUAAUAGGGAAUCUGGUAUUUUGUUAUGAAGUUUUCUUGAAGAGAUUAUUUUUUGCAAUUAAUCACAUUUAGGGUAGAGUGCAAAUGCAACAAAUUGAAGGACCCAGAAAGCUGAAUCCCAGUAACAACCUGGGUACACCAAAUGGGAUGUAGAAUUUGGGGAAAGCAAGGGCUGGGAUCAAGAGGUGGAUUGGAACUGGUGCUGUGUACAAUGUUGGAACAUCGUAUUGCUCUGUUUAUAUAGCAGGUGCCACAACUUUGUCUUCAGCCUUGGUGCUUUGAUCUUUCUGUAUUUUGGCCUCAUAGAUGUGGUCCAGUUUAUUUAAUGAGAAAAUGAGUAAAGAGCAAGACAUUUUUCCUUCAUGAUAACAUCCAUAGACAGCUGUUAUGAGACUAGGGUUUUCUGUCAAAUUUCCCUGCUGGACAGGGUCUGUGGCUACACUAAGUAUACCCCUAAACAUGGUAAUUGGUUUAGUAAAUGGUUUUCUACUUCCUGUAUGGCCUAAAUGGACUUGUGUUCGAAGUUAUUUCUUCAGUUGUUUUGGUUAAGUCCUCAACCAAAUGGGAUAAAAUUAGGAAUUAGUCAUGCUGUCUGAUGGUGCUCUGAACAGCAUUCAGGGUAGCAGCUGCCAUUUAAAUAUUAUCUUCCUUGUUCAUUUCUAAAUCUAUUAAUGAAAUUUAGAUUUUCCCUGAAACUAGGUUGAACCAGUUCCAAAAUGCAACAGGCUUCUCAGGGAUUCACCCACUUCUUCCCAGUUUGCCUUCUGAUUAAAGCACCAAGCAGAGACCAUAUUAUUUCCCUUUGCUAUAUACUGUGAUCCCUACUGUUAAUUCUUAAGAAACCAAAAUAGCACUGAAAAAAGGCUGGCAGAACACAAGUGAAUUUUUUCAUUAUGACAGAAUACCAAGUGACAUAUCAUUGUUUUUUCUGGUUGUCACUUCAUGGUCUUGGUAGAAAGCUUGAAAACUCAGACUUUUGUUCUUGAUUCUGCCACUAAUUAGUUAUGAGGUCCGGAAAAGGUGAGUUAACCUCCCUGGCCUUACUUUCCCCGUGUAUAAUACAGAAAUACUUCAUGGUAGCAUGACAGUGUAAGACACCAGCAAUAGAAUAUAACUGUAACAACAUUCCAUGAGGUGGUAAUAUUUUACAGUUCUAACUACUAAAUUUGUUCUCUUUACAGAACAGAUGUCUAAUAAAAUGUUUAGUCAUAAAAUACAUGGUUGGCUAGAGGUUCCCUAUCCCUUGAUUAUAAGCAGGUGCUACCUUUGGGGAUAUUUACUUGAAAUAUUAAUACUCUGGUACUCAAUUGUCAAUGUUCCAUGGCGUAUAUUUUUACCUUUGGGAUUAGUAGGGGCCCAAGGUGGGGCAAACAGUUUGUAAUUACUACCUCUUAACCUAAAGACAAAUUGUUUUGUUCUUGGAAUAAGUGAAAUCUUUGUUGGAAGGAGUUUUUAGCACGUAUUUUUUUUUAGCAUUGUUUCUGUGCUAUAAAAGUACUGAUUCUAGCACAGACUCGGGAAGAUGGGCCAGUGGAACAGGCAUCUUCAGGAAGUUGGUUCUGCUUCAGUCUUGACCUUCCCUUCCUCCCAUACUAGCAGGCCUAUUUCUUUCCCCAAAAUACACAUCCUGCCUGUUUUGUUUUUGCCAUGUUUACUUUUUCUUGGUCAUAUAUAAGCAAUAAAGCUGUUUUCUGUUCUUCACCUUUCUCAACCCCAAUUUCUCUUCUAUACCUUAGGCUAAGUCUUUGAUGGUUCUUCUAGCCCCCUUAAAUAUGGCUGAGGAUGGCCUUUCAAAACCUAAGAUCUCUCAUUUGCACUACUGGUCUUGGAAUGUACUUCUAGUGUUCCUGCCAAUCAGAGAUCUCUAUAUUAAAUCCUAAAAUGGGAUUAAGGAAAAAAAAAUUUCGAGUUGGAGAAUUCAGAUUUAUUGAAUA